AUGCCUUGGUCUUUGCCCUUCUUUCCGUAUCCGACCGCAAAGGCCGGAUACUGGGAGCCUGUCACUUCCACCUUGAACUGGUGCGAAGAGGACUAUUAUGCUACCCCCUAUGCCGCGGAGAUUGUCAAUACACUCACGAAUUUGCUGUUCAUGUGGCUUGGAGUCCAGGGCAUUCGCAGCUGCCGUCGUAAUGGACAUGACCAAAUCUUCACGGUCGCCCUCGUUGGCUACCUAGUAGUCGGCACAGGAAGCUUUCUGUUUCACUCGACCCUCAAGUACCCUAUGCAGCUAGUGGACGAACUCUCGAUGAUCUAUACCACUUGCCUUAUGGCAUAUGCCUCAUUCUCGUACUCCCGGACCAACACCGUACGAGUCUUUCUCGGAAUUACGCUCACAGGUCUCGCUGUAUUCAUCACCCUGUACUACCACUAUCUCCAAGACCCAGUCUUCCACCAGAAUGCAUACGCGUGCCUGACUACCGUCGUCGUCUUCCGUAGCAUGCACACUAUGGAAACAACCCUCCGACCCAGAUGGCGCCACUCGACGGAAGAGGACCGCCUAGCACGCCAGAGGAUGGGACUUCCCGUUCCGACGAAGGAGCGCCAGAACUACGAGAAUGUGCGCGACAUGAAGACCCUCAAGACCAUGUGGUUCAUGGUGAUAUAUGGACUGAGCAUGUUUUUGGGCGGUUUCUUCAUCUGGGGCUUGGACAACAUAUACUGCUCUGAGAUCCGUCGGUAUCGCCGCUCUGUUGGUCUUCCAUGGGGUCUCCUAUUGGAAGGACAUGGUUGGUGGCAUAUCAUGACUGGCAUCGGUGCUUAUCUCUAUAUCACGUGGGGAAUCUGGCUCCGCCACUGUCUCAACAACGAACAAGACAAAUACCACCUGCGCUGGGUGCACUUCUGGCAGAUUCCCGAAGUGGUCCGCACCUCGGAUGUGCCAUCCGAAUCCGCGGUAGCCCGAGCCAAGAAGUCAACGUGA